UGCCGUCCCCCACUUUCUAGGCUGAUGACGCGACGCGGAGCCAACAGAAGACGCUCUUAGCAACAAGCAAAGGUAUCAAAUCGAUUUGGACCCAUGCUAUCGAGACGACGGACUGAGGAAGCUCGAUGUAUUGCUGAUACGAAUUCCGAAGGCAUCUUCUUACAGGCUCUCACAUUUUCUCGCCGUCUAUGGACGAUAUGUCGUGAGUUGAGAUUGGCCUAUCCAGCAAUAAUAAAUCAGCCCGGAGCACGGACGACUAUUUUGCUAGCUAGCGUUAGCUAUCCUUGCUAACAAGCUAGUUAGCGAUAGCUGGCUAGCGAGCUGUCUUAUCUAGCACUCAGCUAGCUGGCUAACAAGAAAAACUGUCUACCCUUGGAAUUUGCACAUUCGACUUUUCUGCCUAGUUGGGAUGGUUCUGUGGAUUGAUGAAACAAUCCACAAUCAGAGAGAGGCACGGAGUACCUGGGGCCGACAGUGUUGUAUUUCUUGGACUCUUACUAUUUUUGUCUUAAGGAGCGUUGCUUAUGUGGACGAGUGUUUUUGUACUGCUGCUAGUUGACGGAAACUGAUCUCUUAUCCAUGGAACUUGGUUGGCAUCAAGUUGUUGAAAACAAAGCGGUGCACGUUCUGAGAAACCGCUCAGGGAAACAAGUAGCCAUAACUACGAUAAGCUGAUUAACCUCGGCGAAAAUAAGUUAACUCGCUAUCUAGUCAAUUGCCACAGUUGUAACUUUAUUGCUAAUUAUUUAGCUCCAAUAGCUAACUAACAUUGGAUUAACACUGAUCAGGAUACAAUUUCUAGUCGACCACUGUUGGCGUUGAAAAUAAGUGCCCGGGAGAAGCCGCUUAUGAAGUUGCCAGUGAUCAUUGAGCUGGAUGAGAGCUGCAUUAUUCAUUAGGAAUUAAGUUUUCACAGACCACUUAGUGCCUUCAACUGUGGUCACCCCUGUCUUCCCUUACUUGAUAGGUCAGCUUUCAUAAACACUAAAUGUAACCAACUCGGGUAAAGACGGUGAUAUAGUUAAACGUAAGCGGUAGUUGUCAAGGCGUCUGUGGCAAGUGUUGAAUUUACGUUGAUUUGUAAAUCUUGGACGGUUGGGAAACAAUUUAGUAACAAGCUGUUUAUUCCAUCUGAAACCACGGGCUUAUCUGAAGAGCUGCACCAACGGAUCAUGCAAAUUCUCUGAACGGGGAAACUGGACAUAGCUUGCUGCUGUAAACAAACAAUCACUCAUUGAUUGGGAUGUUUUUCGUCCGAACAUAUUCCAAAAAGUUUAUUCAGGCGUGGGAUACGAACUGCAUUUUUACAACCUCCAAAUGGACUUUUAUCCUCUAAACACAUUUAAUCAGUUUUCAUAUUAGUUAUUGAUAUAACUAAUCCACUCAACAUUUUUCCUGGACCUAAUUUGAGGCUGGGUUGUAUGCCUAACUGCAACCAUGAUGAUUUUAAGCAGAAAGCCAGACGGUCCCAUCACUGCAGCGAGACAUGGGGACGGCCUCUAUGACUCCUACAUGCGCACGGACCACAUAGUGAACGAGAACACCGCCGACCUCAACGGACACAGUCCCGCCGGACUCCCCCCGCUCCCCAAACACUCCACUGUGAAUAAGCCCAUGAUGAAGGACCACCAUGGAGUUCGCACCGCCCAGAUGAAGGUGAAGUAUCUCUAUGAGGACGCCUACAACCGCAAGCUGAACGCCGUGGGCCAGCAGAACGGCACCACCGGCGGCCUUGGCAUUGGUGGCGUUGCCGUGGGCAACGGCGUGCCGAUGGCCGUGAAGAGCCAGCCCUCGCUCGCCAAGGAGCGCAGCGUGGACAGCAACGGCUCAGCCAAGUCCAGCGACACCCCCGGUGCCGUGAAGACCGCGGCCAAGCCCGCCGGCACGCUGAACCCGGACCAGGCGCUGAAGCAGUACCGGCAGCAGCUCACGGCCCUGGAGCUGCAGGAGAUCCACAGCUACCCCGACGUCUACUUCCUGGGGCCCAACGCCAAGAAGAUCCAGGGCGUGGCGGGCGGCUCCAACAACAACGGCUACGACGACGACCAGGGCGGCUACAUCCACGUGCCUCACGACCACCUGGCCUACCGCUACGAGUUCCUCAAGGUCAUCGGCAAGGGCAGCUUCGGCCAGGUGGCCAAGGUGUACGACCACAAGCUGCACCAGCACCUGGCGCUGAAGAUGGUGCGCAACGAGAAGCGCUUCCACCGGCAGGCGGCGGAGGAGAUCCGCAUCCUGGAGCACCUGCGCAAGCAGGACAAGACGGGCAGCCUGAACGUAGUGCACAUGGUGGAGCACUUCACCUUCCGCAACCACAUCUGCAUGACCUUUGAACUCCUCAGCAUGAACCUGUACGAGCUCAUCAAGCGGAACAAGUUCCAGGGCUUCAGCCUGCCGCUGGUGCGCAAGUUCGCCCACUCCAUCCUGCAGUGCCUGGAGGCGCUACACCGCAACAAGAUCAUCCACUGCGACCUCAAGCCCGAGAACAUCCUGCUCAAGCAGCAGGGCCGCAGCGGCAUCAAGGUCAUCGACUUCGGCUCCAGCUGCUUCGACCACCAGCGCGUCUACACCUACAUCCAGUCGCGCUUCUACCGCGCGCCCGAGGUCAUCCUGGGCUCCCGCUACGGCAUGCCCAUCGACAUGUGGAGCUUCGGCUGCAUCCUGGCCGAGCUGCUGACGGGCUACCCGCUCUUCCCGGGCGAGGACGAGGGCGACCAGCUGGCCUGCAUGAUGGAGAUCCUGGGCAUGCCGCCGCAGAAGCUCCUGGAACAGUCCAAGCGCGCCAAGAACUUCAUCAACUCCAAGGGCCACCCACGCUACUGCACGGCCAGCACGCUGGCCAACGGCGCCGUGGUGCUCAACGGCACCCGCUCGCGCCGCGGCAAGAUGCGCGGCCCGCCCGGCAGCAAGGAGUGGGUGACGGUGCUGAAGGGCUCCGACGACCCCACCUUCAUCGACUUCCUGAAGAAGUGUCUGGACUGGGACCCGGCCACGCGCAUGACGCCCGUCCAGGCCAUGCGCCACCCUUGGCUCUACAAGAGGUUGCCCAAGCCCUUGCCCGGCGGCGAGAAGUCGCUGGUGCCCAAGCGGGUGACGGAGCACAGCACCUCCUUCCCCAGCAUCAUCUCCAAGGUGCCCCCGACGAUCGCGCCCGCCGCCGGCAAACUGCGGACCAACAUGAUGGGCGACUCGGGCGGGAGUAUACCUCUACGCACUGUGCUCCCCAAACUCGUCUCGUAGAGUUUUGCCCCCUGCAGGGAUAUGGACAGGUUUUAUAGUGUUGGUUUUAGACUCUUUUUGUUUUUGUUUUUUGUUUUGUACGGUUUGAGUGGCAACACUCAUCGGUUUUAAACACUUUUAAUGUGAGCAAGCAAGCAAAGAAAAAAAAAAAAGGACAUGAUAAAAAAAAAAAAGUUUUAUACUAAGUUUCAACAAUGCUGUGUUUUGUUUUCAUCCAACUGCCUUUGUGAAGGUAUGUGAGUUUUUAAGGCUUCCUCGGGAGUAUAAUGCUGUUGAGGUGAAUUGGGUGAAACUUGUUGUUGUUUGUUUGUCUUGAUUUUACACUACUCUUUCUACUCGAUCACACACUCUUUAGUCUACUACACACCUUCUAUAUGCUGUUCAUCUCCACACUCUUAAGGGCUGACUGUCAUGUGAACUUCAAAGGGCUUAGCAGAGACUGGUGAGACGAGUAGCACCCUGGGAGGUGUUGCGUGACCGCUUAAGUGUUGCAUCUAGGACCCUAAGGGAUCUAAAGCCUGUCGUGUUUUUUAAGGCGCUCCCUAGCCCAAAGUACACAGAAAGAAACGUAGCACAACCUUUACCAGUGAGUCAGCCUUACUUUCUCCGUCUCUCCUUCUCCUCCUCCUCCACUUGCAUGUGGGCCUGGUAUCUGGCAUUACAGUGUGAGUCUAUUCCUGUCUCCAGCGGUGCGCCCCAACACUUAGCAGUGACGUGUGUGUGUGUGUGUGUGUGUGUGAGAGUCUGUGUGUGAGAGAGAGGCCAUCAGGUUUGUUCUGUUUUAGGGUCGUCUUCUCCUUUGCGCCACCUAAAGAUGUGUCUGUGAUGCAACUGUUAACUUUCCUCAAGGGGCAGUGGAAGUGAGCUGUUCGCCUAGGAAUGCCAGUAGUAGGUCUGCAUGCCACCUGUGGGGGUAGUUAGAGGGGCUGGUAAGUGGCCGCUGGGCAUGGGGGUGGGGUAGGGUGGAGGGGUUAUCAUUUCAGGAUCCUCUUGUCCCCUGCCCCGUGUUCUGAGUGAAAGGAAAGGAAGUAGUCAAGUCGGUCUGGUGAGUGAUGAGCUCUGGGAAGUGUGUUUGAGGACAGGCAGACAGCCGGACAGACAGACAUACUAGGGUUAGUUUUGCACGCUAACCAUUUGCUUGCCCCUGGCAAAGCGACUACUUGGCAAAUGUGUUACCGUGGUAACCGAGAGUUUGUCCCUUCCUGCUUGAACCUCUGCGUGAAGCGAUGGAGGCCGGGAGCGUCGGGUCGGGAACGGAUCUGUCCGGACUCGGUUAUUCCUGUCCUGUUCCGUCCCGUCCAGUCCCUCCCCCUGAAGUAAUGCCCCCCCCAGACACACCCUUCAUGUGGGGCGCCUGGCCAGGGCCAGCUAGGGUGUGUUCCAAAUCACCCCCUGCCUGCUAGCCUGCUGUCAGGAGGCAUUGUGGGUAGCCUUCCAGUGUCUCCUGCUGGGUUGGGUUGGGUUGGGUUGUGUGUGUGUGUGUGUGUGUGUGUCUCUCGCUGUGAGCAAGUUGCCCGUCCUCCCCCCCCUCUUUGCUGUGGCGGAGUGGAGAGGCUUCUCCCAUUAUCGCUCCCAUGCUAAGAGGAAAGAUGGCUGCCCUCUCUGGGAAGGACCUGACAGGGACCCUCCAGACUCGGCUAGCGCCUGAUCUGCGUAGCACACCGCCCUCUUAGGCUUUGGAAUAGCCAUCUCCUACCACAAAGGGCUUUCAGUCGUACCAGAGCAGUCCAGCAGUUAGCAUUCUUCCAGUCCGUCUAGUCAGAUCAGAUGGCUGUCUUACUAGUGUGCACUCUGGGUUAAGUGUUUUUCAGAGGAAAUGAUGUUCUGGUUUAAUAGUUCAUGUUGACAUGAGAGAGUAAAUGGAGAUCACUGCCUUCUUGUCUUUUUUAAAUCACGUUUUUGUGACUGACAGCUGAGCUUUGAAUGCAAGGAUACCUGGUAGAGUAGUGGUUUCUUAAAGGCACUGGUGACGAGGGGCAUCACUGUGGAAACUUGAGGUAUGCCCUCCGGUCGACGGUGUGUUGGAUCUGUGGACCAAGGUUAAGGGUGAGGGGUCAGAGUUCAUCAGGUGUUCAGUGUGGGGAGCGUUUAGCCUGCUGCAUAUUUCAGGUCAAUGCUUAAGGCUUCUUAGAGAGCGACGUCACCGUCGUUAGGUCCACAGACAGACCUCUUUCUCAGGUCCCCCCCCCACCCCACUGUGAGUCGGUGUUAGGAGGUGACAAGCAGGCGUGUGUGUGUGUGUGUGUGUGUGUGUGUGUGUGAGAAAAGAGAGGAGUGUAUUCCAGACGUAAUAGGGUUCCCAGGUACAGUCGAUGAUUAUGGUGCUUCCAAACUCCUGAGCUGGACUUCAGGGGAAACCGUGACCAACAGAUCAGAACACAGGGCAGUGUGUGUGCCACAUCCCCUGUUGUCUGGGAGUGUGUGUGUCUCAGGAGAGUGUGUGUGUGUGUGUGUGUCUCAGAAGACCGAGGGGAACAUCCACUGUGGUCAGUCUACCUCCGCAAUAACGCUGAAUCAGCCCUCAACCUCAGUCACGGGAGUCAAAGACCGGCUUUCUUAGCGCCCUCGCAGCUUUCUCUCCAAAACAAACAUCAAGUGAAGAGUGACAACACUCUUUCUCAUCCUCUCUCUCUCUUUCUUUCUUUCUUUCUUUCUCUCUUUCUUUCUUUCUCUUUCUCUUUCUCAUUCUCUCUCUCUAGCCAUCUCUCUCUCUCUCUUUCUCUCUCUCUCUCUCUCGUUGUAAGUGGUACAACACAGCCCCUCGUCCAGAGGGACCGUCCAAUCCUGUGCCUUCAACCAAUCCCACUUGAUGAGACUCAGCUCUGCGCGUUUAGGACUUUGACUCUCUUAUCUCUCUGAUUUUCUCUUUCUUCUGUAGAGUGCGGUGUGUGUCGCUUCACCAUGACGAUGAGGUUUUAAACGAAGCGAUAGACACGGAGACACAGAGCUGUAUAAUGUAUGGUGUGAAUGUCACGACAUAGAGCUGUAUAAUGUAUGGUUUAAUGUUAUGACAUAGAGCUGUAUAAUGUAUGGUGUAAUGUCAUUGUUUUCCUUCCCAGCGGUUGUUUGUUUAGAUGUUGGGCCUGGUUUUCACAGCAUGAGAAAAUCAAAAUGUAUACAAGGACUCGGUGACAAGACUUGGAUAAUGACGACAAUUGUGUAAAGUAACCAAAUGAGCUUGUAUUAGUUCUUACUAUUUUCUUUUUCUAAAGAAAAAUAAAAGUCAAUAACAUGAAUUGA